AUGACCCAACCAGGCUAUCGUCGCAUAAAUCAGGGUUUAUUGCCUAAUGCUACCACGGAGGAAAAAAUCAAAUAUGAACUUUGCCAAAGCAUCUCUCGUUAUGCUCGGGAAAAUGGUUUAACUGAAAAAGAACUAGUCAGAAUGGUCGCUCAGCAACCCCCCACCGAGCCUAUUAAUAUCACUACUACGGAAUGCGAGGUAGUAAUUUUUGGUGUUCUCCGCACGGUCUUAAAAAUUAGUCCACAUUGUUGGAAACGAAAUGAAGAAUUUCGUCAAAGUAAGAAAAAGAAAGUCCAGGAACAUUUAGACCAGUAUCUUUUAAGCAAAAAGGAGAUUAGAGAAUUAGUUCAACAGAUAAAUGAGAAAGAG